AUGAAGGCCCCCCGUGUUUUGUUGUUCCUCUCGGCGGUGGCCAACGCCGCCCACUUCUCCAGGGAGCAGUACGAAUCUGGAGAAGUGCACCAGAAGAUCAUCGACAUGAAGAAUGCCCAAUGGGAUGCGCUCGAAGCAGCCGGCGCCCUAGACUCGACGCAGUGGCCGUCUUGGCGCACCUGGGACCAGCUCGACGCCGGUGUCAAGAGCGGUCGUCUAGAGUGCAAGGAUGGAGUCGCCGUCGCGGAAGAAGGCAACCCGAUGCAGACUUUUCGCUGCAAGAACAUGGACCUCUACGACUUCAUGAACCAUCACGACAUGGGAGGCGGCGAGAAUGACCCCAGGUACCCCAACAGGCGCGGCUCCUCCAUCUGGGGCUGGGUCUCCCCUCAAGGGCGGCAGAUCGCGCUGAUCGGACAGCAUACGGGCACGGCGUUUGUGGAAGUCAGCUGCAAGGGCAAGAUGCGGUACCUGGGCCGGCUGCCGGCUCAGGACCCCGUGGGCUCGUCGUGGCGCGAGAUCCGCGUGCUCAAGGACAUGGCCAUCAUCGGGUCCGAGGCGGUGGGCCACAACAUCCAGAUCUUUGACCUGAACAAGGUCGCCAACCUCAGCCCGGACAGCCCCGUCACCUUCGACCCGCAGACGGACCUGAUGGGGCUGUUCGACGACCUCCCGAUCGGCCGGGCGCACAACGUGGUGGUCGACUGGGACAACGAGUACGCCAUCGCGGUCGGGGCGCAGCCGCGCAACCAGACGUGCCAGGCCGGGCUCGAGUACAUCGACCUGAGCGACCCGGGCAGCCCGUUCAAGCCCGGGUGCGCGAGCGGCGACGGCUACACGCACGACGCGCAGUGCGUGACGUACAACGGGCCGGACAGGCGGUUCCUGGGCCGCAACGUCUGCGUCGCCUACAACGAGGACAGCGUCACCGUCUGGGACUCGACCGACCGGGCCGCCUCCACCAUGCUCAGCCGCCUCGAGUACCCCGGCGCCACCUACACGCACCAGGGCUGGUGGACCGAGCGCAACUGGCACCAGUUCGUGCUGCUCAACGACGAGCUGGACGAGGUCGAGGGCGUCGGCGCCGCCGCCCCGGGCAUCCCCAUCACCCACAUCGUCGACCUGACCGACCUGACCGCCCCCAGGUACACCGGCUUCUUCGAGAACACGGACCACAGGGCCAUCGACCACAACCUGUACAUCGAAGACGGCGUCAUGUUCCAGUCCAACUACGGCGCCGGCGUCUGGGUCACCGACGUCAGCUCCAUCGCCCGGCACCCGGACGGCAGCAAGGUCGAGAAGCUUGCCUUUUUCGACAUGCACCCCGAGGACGACGCCGCCGGCGGCUCCAACGAGUUUGUCGGCUCCUGGGGCAACUUCCAGUUCCCCUCGGGCUUCAUCGUCGCCAACACCUUUGAGCGCGGCGCCUACGUUCUCCGCGUCGCCAGCGGGCCCGGUCGCAACGGCGGUGCCGGCUUUGGUGGUCCGUCAAAGCUGCCCAGCGUCGGCAGGCGACAGGCUCGUGCGUCUCCGAGGUAG